AUACUGCGACUGUCAUGGCCCAACGCGUUUCCGAUCGUGAAGAAGCAAGUACCAUGGCUCAUCCAAAACGUACGAGAUCAUUUUCUCCUUCAACUAGCGGUCCUACUAAAAGGUCUAGGUCUUCUCGCAAGCAGCAGCAGUCUUCGCAGUCAACAGAGCCUACGAACUUCUUUCAGCGCAUCCUCAAAACGUUUACAUCUCAGUCGCAGAAUCCGCAGCUAACCACUGACGAGGAAUCUAGCUACUCUUCAGCCACCGAAAAUGCAAACGCCGUCAACAUUGCAACUACGUCGGCAUCCAAGCAGCGUAAUAGCGCGUUUGGAGGUACCACUUCGUCCGGUAGCGCUGAAACGCCACGCUCUGGCCAACAUGAUUCAGACGAUAUAACUCAAAGUUCUCAAUAUGAAGCCUCAUCCAAUAACGAUGCUACAGAUAGCUCGAUAGCACCAAGACGUCGGGGUCGACCAAAAAAAGUGAAGAAAACCAAGUUCCCCAGAUUUAUAGUAGAAGACGAAGAUGGAACUACCAGCGCCAGCCAUAGUGACGGACCUAAGAAGAAAUUAGGGAGACCACCAAAGGUUAGAGGUUCAGACACAGAUGAAGUUGAAAAACCAAAGAAACGCAUGGGAAGACCACCGAAAAUUCAACCUUCUGACACCGAAGAUGCUGUUGCCGUGGAGAAGAAACCCAUUGGAAGACCACCCAAAAAAUCCCGAUACUAUUCAGAACUCACUUUAUCUGGGCGACCUAGGAAGCGCAUGGGAAGACCACCAAAGGUUCGAACAUCAGAAUCCGAUGAAUCAGAGAAAAUUAAGAAACCCAUUGGACGGCCUAGAAAGCAUCCUCAAAAAUUACCAGGAGCGCCUGCACCUGUUGGAAGACCGCGCAUGUAUCCUGUCAAAGAGCCAGGUCCCAAACGUCCUUUGGGUCGACCACGCAAAGUCCCAGCUACCUUACCGACAGAGGUUAAACGGCCACGUGGUAGACCUCGUCUUUCAAAGACACCAGUCAAUGAGAGCACAACCGACAGUUCAGAGGACGAUCAUGAAGACUCUGGUACAGAUGACAACGAAGAAGGAGAUGACGAGGAACGACUGGCUCGCAUGAUGACCAAGUCACCUUUUCUUCGUAACGAGGAAGAUUUCAUUCUAUCUGACAUUGAGAGCUCAGAUGAAGUUGACGCGGAAACGAAAAAGAUGGCCUUAGCAGAUGCCAGGGAAGAUAGUCCGUUUGAAGAAAACCUCAUGUAUGAUACCCGCACCAAGACAUAUUUCGUCAAGGACGAUACGGAAAAGCGUCGCAACGUUGGUGGAUUGGGUUUCAAAGAUAAGAUCAAUAAGACGGCAGCAAGGGCCGGAAAGAAGCAAUCUUCCAGAGACACCGAUAGGUUACCAUCCAUAAUACUUGAGACAGAGACAUCUGGAUCCUUUCCAAUAUUGACUUGGCUAUAGAAUCUAAUUAUCGACUCACUCAUAUUUUGCGAGGUCCAUCCAAAAUACUUUUUCCCAACAGAGAUGGUACUAAGGACAUGGAUAUUUGGGCGGUUGAGUUUGAACCUGGAAUUGG